GACAGUUUUCUCGAUGCUUAAUUCAGGUCAAGAAUAUCGUUACCUUAUUAGACUCACCUUGGUGACAUCGAGUUGUUUGUCGAUGAUUACCUUUUAUGGUUAGGUGCUUCGCUCUAAAGAAAUAUGUAUGUAUGUACUAGCAGAAAAGCAGAAACGAAGCCAGAGGGAGAAAAGCAUCGUACUCGUAGUAGCGAUAAAACUUUACGUUUCAAGUUACUUCUAAGUAUUAUAUAUGUACAUCUUUGUUAAUAAGUUACUCUUCAAAAGUGAAUGAAAGUUUUUCGCUUCGGUGUGCUGUAUUGUUAAAAACACAGAAUAUAUAACUUUUUUGUGAUUUUCACCUAUAUUGUUUGCUUCUAUAUAGUGGAAGAAAUUUUGCUAUUUUAUAUUAUAUUAUAUGCUGAUAAGUAUUUUAUGCUACGUGUAAAAUGUAUAACUGUAGUUAUCAAGAAUUAACUAAUAGAAUGAUGUCGUCUAUAGAUGAAUUCCAGGAAGCAUUUCAACUUUUUGACAGUCGUGGAGAUGGAAAAAUUCAUGUGGCACAAAUUGGAGACGCGCUGCGUGCUCUAGGACAGAAUCCAACCGAAUCGGAUGUUAAGAAAUUUACGCAUCAACACAAACCUGAUGAACGUAUUAGUUUUGAAGUAUUUCUACCUAUCUAUCAAGCUAUAAGUAAAUCCCGCACUUCGGAUACAGCUGAUGACUUUAUAGAAGGUUUACGUCACUUCGAUAAGGAUGGAAAUGGUUUUAUUUCUUCCGCCGAAUUGAGACAUCUGCUGACAACGUUAGGUGAGAAACUCAGCGAUGAAGAAGUUGAAACAUUAUUGGCCGGUCACGAAGAUUCACAGGGUAAUAUUAAUUACGAAGACUUUGUUCGUCAAGUGAUGUGCGGUUGAACUUCUAUUUUGAGCAUACACAUAUGAAAUAUUUUAUCCUAAGAAUCUUAUCAUAAAAAGAUUAUAACUAUUUAA